AUGUUUGGCGGCAGCAGCACGCACCAACGGCCGCAAGAGUCCACCGCCGUGCAACAUACUCCCGUGCGACCAUCGCCUUCAGCAAACGCCAAUGCAUCGCGCGUAGUUCCUCUCCCUGAUGACGUUCCCAUGGCCGAUGCGGCAACCCCACCAUCGAGCUCAACACCAGGCCAGCGGUCGCAGCAGCAGCACCCCUCAGAGCCUGAUCAACCACGGGCCCCUACACCACCUAGCCCCCACUUUCGUCCCCGCUCGCAGCAGCCCACGCCGUCAGGCACAAACCCUGCCUCACUCUCGCGACCUGUCCCCACAGCAGGGCCUGCUCCCUCGCAAUCACCGUCUCUACAAUCUCCUACAGACUCGUCGUCAGCGUCGUCGCCCCAGCGCAUCAAGGUCAAGAGCCUAUCUCAUAUCCAGAGCUUCGCCAUUGAUGAAUCGAGCCCCUUCUCUCAGACACGCUCUUUGUCACGGCGGCAGCGAAGAGACCCUGCAGAUGUUGGUCCACAGUACGAGAUCAGCGAUAUGCCGGUUUCGGAUAUCAUCGAGAUGGUUGCUGGUCUAUUGACCAAGAUCACGACCACAAAUGACCGGCAACACGACCAUCUACAUCGACAGAUACCACCACCAGAAGGCACAUCAGGCCUCAGCCAGCAGACAACCAGUGUUCUAGCCUUCCACGGCAAGAAUGUGCCCAGCAUCUCCAUCCUCAGUUAUCUCAGCCGCAUUCACAAGUACUGUCCUACUACCUACGAAGUCUUUCUCAGCCUUCUCGUAUACUUUGAUAGAAUGACCGAAAGGGUAAAUGCAGGCCCUCUAUCCGGUCUUCGCCAGGCUAACCAACAGUCUCUGGAACGCUCCAACUCUUCAGCAUCCGCGAAUGCACCCGCUGUCGAAGCGUCGCAACCUCCUCCAGCUACUCCAGCCCAAGCUGCCACACCGCCACCGUCUGGAUCCCUAGGCCAGCCAUCGAGGGGCCCAGUACAGGGUUCCCAGCCGCCUUCACCACCUCAGCAAGAACUAGACGCCGACACACUCAAUCUAUCGCACUUUUUCGUUGUUGAUAGUUACAACAUCCAUCGCCUUGUAAUAGCUGGUGUUACGUGUGCGAGCAAAUUUUUCUCGGACGUAUUCUAUACCAAUUCUAGAUACGCCAAGGUUGGUGGUCUGCCAUUGGUCGAACUAAAUCACCUAGAGCUACAGUUCCUACUGCUAAACGACUUCCGCCUAGCCGUCCCAUUGGAAGAAAUGGAGGCUUAUGGAACCAUGUUGGUCGAGUUCUACGCACGAGAAGUGGCAGAGCAACACGAACGACAGAACGGAGCUAAAUACUAA